AUGCUAAAGUGGAUUCAAGGUGGUAUAUCAGCAGUCACAGGGAUUGCAGAACCAGUCUACGGUAAAGAUUGUAUCCAUUCCGUGACCUCCAGAGUGAAAGAUCAACAACCAUACCGUGAAACAGAUCGUGAAGAUUUAUAUUGGAUUGCACCAGACCACACCAAUGUGGAAACUUUGACUUUUUACUUCAGCGACUUAAACACCGGUAUCGUUGGGUUCGCUCAAAUUAUCCAUUCGAAUAUCGUUGGGUUACAUACUCAAGCUCAAUUUACAUUUAGAAUUUUCGAUUCGAAAAAUCCAAAAGAGUUGAAUCUUUGGACUUCUACUAAAUUGGAAAAUUUUAGAAUUGAAGGGCCUAACUUUUACGCUGAUAAUUUAUCUGUAGAACUUAACGAUGAAAAUACAACGUAUCAUUUCAUUUCUGAAGUUUGUGAACAAUCAAAGAUUGAUUUGAUCGUUACUAGAUUAACUCCUGGUGCAAAAGCGGGUGAUGAUCCUACAACUUAUUACGGAAAUGAUAUGGAUGAACCUUGGGGUACCAUGAGACAUGUCUUUUGGCCAAGAAAUUCUUGUCAUGGUAGUAUAAAUUUGAAAAUAAAACAAGAAAAUGAAGAAAAAACUGAAACUGAAGCGGAUAAAAAAGAUGAGCAGGAAGAACUUAAUGAGCAAACAGAAGAACAAGAACAAGAACAAGAACAAGAACAAGAACAAGAAGAGGAAGAAGAUCAUAUAACUUACAAAGAUAGAUUGAUAACAUUUGGUGAGAAUGAACCUGUGUAUUCUAUGUUUGUUAUGGCUUUCCAAGGUAUGAAACCACAUCAUGCUGCUAAGGCAUGGAAUUUUAUAUAUUUCCAUUCUGAAAAGCACACCGCUGUUUUAAUGGAAUUUACCACACCAAAGUCAUAUGGUAACACCAAAGUUUCUGUUGGUAUCUUAACAAGUGAUAAAGAUAUCUUGGCAGUAACGACAGAUAAUCAAGUUACUCAUCUAGAUGCUGAAAUUGAUUCUGUUGGUUGGAAUAUCCCAAAGAACUUUAGAGUCGACUUCAACGGUGUUAAAUCAACUGUCACAGAUGAUGAAGUUAAAAAUAAUGAAGUUAAAGAUGAUGAUAGAAUAGCUGCAACAGUGGAAGGUCCGUUAAAUAAUCUAGUCGAAAGAAUUGACGUUAUGGGUGAAGUGCCAGGUUUUGUUAAAAACAUUGUCUCUGGUGUUGCAGGAACAAAACCAUACAUCUACCAAUACGCUAGCGAUGACGAGUUUACAUUAAAGGUUAACGAUGAAGAAGUCAAAGGUUUGGCUUGGGCCGAAGUUACUUUUAUUUCCGAAUCUGACGUCGUUACGGAAGAAUCUUAUAACGAAAAUUAA